AAAUCGUUUAAUUUAUGCGAAGAACGGUUUCUCGACCAAUCAGAAGCUGCGGCCCCCCAAAGUCCGAAGGAAGGAGGGUAGAUCGAGCGUCCUUGUGUUGCGAACUGUGAUCGCUUUCGUGUCAUGUUGGUAGAAAACUUUACAAAACCACGUUUCUUUUUGUUUUUGCUGUUGAUUGAAUGUGCUCCCUGAUACAGUAUGAGUGGAAACAGAAAAGAUUCGACGAAUUCACGUCCGGUAAGUGAACGUUUUUCUUAAAUCUCCCUGGCGCUCGAAGGCUCGUGACAUCUGAAAUAUAUGGCUGGGCUAUUCAAAAUGGUUGUACACGAAUAUUUUUUUCUUGAAUGCUCUUACUACGAGCCCUCAUGGAGAAAUCAGUUGUGUUUUUCGCUUUUGUCGUAUGGUAGUUGAUAAAGCCGUGUUUAUUCAUGUAUAUGAGCUGUAUUUUAUCAAGUUUCGUGUGUUGGUUAAAUGGAUAUUCGUUUUGUUUUGAAUGCUACAUGCACACACGGUCGUGACAAUGUCAAAGUACUUAAAAUUUUUUGCCCCAAAUAUUGUGGUCAAGCAACACGAACAGGGGAUGUUUUUUGUCCUUUUUAGUAUGAAGUAAUUCCUAUUUAAUCGAUGUCGCUUCCUUGUUGUCCAAAAGCUUGUAAAAUAAAAGGCAGAUAGCUCAUAAUAGCUUUGUAAUAUCAACAUUUUCCCUGACACAACGACACUUGUUUAUGGCAACGUUCUGUUAAAAUUCAGUGUUUUUGAAAGGUUUCUGUGGAGUUUUUAGCUUUAUUUUUGUCUUGAAAGUACCUGCAUACUUCCUAAUGCAACAAGGCCCCUUUUGGCACAGUAUUUAUACUUUAAUCUGGCUCAAAGUGUACUUUUUAACCGUUGUUUACGAAAAUUUCAUAAUGCAUUUGACCCACGUUGAAACUGGAGCUAGUGAUAUAAAAAGCUUAUGUUUGCAUUUAUGUGCUUUGUGUGUGUGUUAUUGGCCGUUUGUUUUAUCAGUGACUUUGCUUAAAACUCAUUAAGGUUCAAUACUUAGUAGAUGGAUGGAUUUUGUGUUUUUCCUAAAUGUGUUCCUACAAAGAUCAGAAGCCAUCAGGCACAUUAUUUUUCAACAAAUGUAAACAUAGAGAAAGCCCUUGAUUGCUUCAACUAUAUUGUGCUUCUUGUCAAUAUGUUGUGCAGCGUAAUAGAUACCUAUGUGGUAUCGAUUGACUGCAAGUCCUUCGUUUAUUUUUAAAGCUUGUCGGUUUGUACUAGACUAGCCGUACUGACUAAAUCUUAUGUUCCAGGUUGUGGAAGAACCGCCUUACUUGACUGUUGGCACUGAGGUCAGUGCAAAGUAUCGUGGGGCAUUCUGUGAGGCAAGCAUCAAGUCACUUAAAAAGUUGGUGAAAUGCAAGGUAUUGGUUUCUCUUCUGGUAAAAAAUUAGUGUAGUUUGCCAUAUUGGGUCAUUCUAGAAAAGAUCUGCCCUGCCCCCAAGAUGGAAAUUUCUGUUGUUCUAAGGGGGGGGGGGGAGAAAAGUUUGUUUCUCACAAUAGUAAGUGUGUAAGGACAUCCGGACAUGGGGGAGGGGGGCUAACUUCCAAUUUCCUCCGUGGAGAACGUAUGGAUGUUUUCUGGAAUAACCCAUUCUGUAUUGUGUACUGGGUAUUAUAUAUGGUUGCUUAUGCCUUACAGGUAGUAUAUCAAUUCUUUUCCUAUUUUUCCAAAGGUGAAUUUUGAAAAAGGUGGUGGAAGCAGUACUGUUGCAGAUGAUUGUGUCACUGGUGAACUAAAGGUAAUGUACCAAUCAGAUUGAUACAUAUUAGGCACAUGUCAGACGGUCUACUUUUCAUGUGUCAAACUUAAUUGACAAAUUAGGUAUGAUACAGGAAUGUUACGGGUAUGAAUCAGGUAUGGGAAUGAAUCAAGUACUGUACGGCAGAAUUUGGAGCGUCAAAAUUUUGACACAAGUUCAGCAGGCCCUGUUGCAUUAUGUGACGUUCAGUGAUAUUGACUAAUAUGCUACUCAACUUGUGUGCCAAACCUAACUCAACUUGUUGAAUUUGUUUGUACAUUAGAUUAACCAUAUUGUAAUUUUAAAAUAGACUUAUUUUGAGUUGUACUGAGAAUUGCUCGCAGAUGCACCCCAACCUUGUAAUAUUAUAUUUUUACACAGCUUGAAUCAAUACUGUUUUUGUAUUGUUCCUGUGUCACUAGGACUGUUCAGGAUUACCGAUAUACCGAAAAUAUUGGUAUUAAAUCAAUAUCGGUAUAUCGAUACCGGAUAUUCAACCAUAGCGAUAUACCAAAAUUACUGAUAUACUGAAAUUUCCGAUAGUGUUAAAUUUACCAACUAUAAGGCGAAACCAUAACCCUUAUUUUACUACUGAAUGGCAAUUCAGAGAACUUUCUACUGCAAUGAUCUAGAAUUUCCACUUCAGUGAGAUUUUAUACUGAAUAUGUGUUGUUCGAAACAUGUUUGAAACAACUUCAAAAUUAUCUUUUUCCCUUUUAGAAUUACUAAAAAUUUCCUUAAAAUUUCCAUUAAAGAAUUUUCCUUUAGAAUUAUCAAAGGAAAACCGGUAUACCGAUAAUAUUGCAGGCACAGAUUUUCUGGGGGGGUGCGCACCCCCCCCCCAGAAAUACUUUGCACCCCCCAGAGGCAUUUGGCACUGCCCCAAAAAAGUUUUUGCACCCCCUCAAAUUAUACAUAUUUUGAUUUGAUAUUUUCCUAUUUGGUUAUUCUUAUUACUAAAUUUGUAAAAUUACUAAUAUUAUGGUCUCAGAUGCCACCAUGUAGGCCUAGAAAACAAGUUUUGUUAAACAUUUUCCUUGGCCUUUCUGGACGUUGCCACCAGGCCCCGGUCAAAGCAAGAAGCAGCACCCCCAGAUAUUUAUUCACCCACCCCCGCCCCGAACGAAAAUAUGAAAAUCCGUCUCUGUAAUAUCGGUAUAAUUUUUUCGGUAUACCGAUACCAGAAAUUUCCCAUAUCGAACAUUCCUACAUGUCACAUCUAAUACAAUCAAGUUCAACAUGUGAGGAGUAUGCUAUCUGCUAUCUUAAUUGAACAUAAGGCAUUACAUCAUGCUCUUGUGAGACCGGCGAGGGUUAAUUCCAUUGUGGCAUGGAAACAUGUAGGGAAUAAAGAAAGUGAUAUGUGAAACUCUCUUCAAAUAAUAACCACAAUAUAAAGAAUGUUGAAAACAAAAGCAAAAUUCUAAUAGCAACUUGGCAACCUUUUCCAGAUUUAUCCUGCUUUAUUAGUAUACUAUAUUAGGUAAUAGUAUGGUUUUGAGUGUAAUUUGGAAGAAACACGAACGAGUGAAUUUUUCAAAGACAAUCGAGUCCUUGACAAACUUUGUUUUUGACCUAAAAACAUUUUAUACUUGAUAUUUUACUUGAUAUUUUGUAAAGGGCCCACUGUAUAUAAUUGGUAUUAAGAUGUUGUGGUGUCCCAGCUUCUUUAAUGCAAUUAUUGUAUGAUAUUUGGAAGUGAAGCACAAUAAAAAGUAAUUGCACAAUUUCAAAAAUAAUUCCACUACUCUUAGCCAAUCAGGAUUGAGUAUUUUUUUCAUCUAUAUGAUUAAUGUGAGUAGAACACAAAGUACAAGCAUCAUAAAAUGUUUGUUGAUGCUGUACAAAUCCAAAGUAUAUUGUCAUUAUGAAUUCAGACAAUGGACAAUGUUUUGUGUCACAUUCCUAUUUCAGAAUGCAUAGGUUGUUGCUGACAUUUCAGGAAGGAAAAGUAUAAAAAUACAAUACAUUUUGUACCACAUUUUAAUCCAUGGGGCCCUGUUAGGGGUAAGUUGCGACAGCCAACAGGGCCCUUUUUUAGGCGACAGCACAGUUUUGCAAUCCCGACGAACGGCGGUAAAGAAGGGUGAAAAAGCGACAGCGACACUGUUUUAUUUAUUUUCGACAGCGACAGCACUAUAUUUUAAAAAGCGACAACGACGUUGGCACAGAGAAGGCUCAAGAGAAGGAAGUUUCUGUAAUGGGGCUAGCAUAAACAGUCGAUAUACAUGUCAAAUAUUCUUUUCACAGUAUUUCUUUAAAUGCAUUUUGUUGUAACUUGUUAAUAUUAACAAGUUACUACAAAAUGGUUAUACAAUGAGAUCGAUAUACAAGAAACGUGUUGUCCAUGUGAUUGCGCUAUUCGUGCAAAAUUCUGACGGCGACAUUUGACAAGUUUCAAAAAGCAACAUUGACAAUUUUAAAACUGUGACAGCCGACAUCACCACCCCCCCAAACAGGGCCCCAUCCAUUAAGUGGAAAUGCAGCCCACUCCAUUAUUUCACUAUGCCCAACACCAAACACUUACUUCUCAAAUGAACCAGCUUUUGUGGCGUUGUGGUCACCACGCUUGCCUUUCAAGCUGGCCUUUCAAGCUGGGUUCUAGGUUCAAUACUUGAUCGGACCUCUACUCAAGGUCUUAAAAUAAUUGAGAAGUAAAUGCUAUCCUUACAUUGGCAUCAGUAAAUGGUUAGACUUUCACGUCUUCUCAGAUAAUGACGUUAAAAUUAUUUGGAUCUCCUAUCAAUUGGGCAAUCUGAGCCUGUUGGGAAAUCCACUCACCAGUGAGUGAGAAACUCAACAAACAAUAAAGAGUGCUUUGAAAAAAAUAUCAAUGGGAAUUGUUUGCCUACAAUCAUUUGUUAACCCAUUAACACUCCCCUUGAUGAGUAAAAUUAUCUGGUGUUAGAAAAACAGGGUGUUCACGGGCCUUGAAAAUCCUGGAAAGUCCUUGAAUUGGAAAAAAAUAUUCCAGGACUGGAAAAAGGCCUUGAAAGUCCUGGAAAAGUCCUUGAAUUUUGCCUUCACCAAAGGGUUGUACAGUAGGUGGACACACUGGAAAAAGUAGGGUUCAUCAGGGUGCAUCACCACUUAAUGGGUUAAUUAUUAUGUUUGUGAUGUUACUCUGAGUGUAUAUCCACACCUGGCAAGCUUGAAAAGUAUGCCAGGCCAUGGUGGGAAUCGAACCUACGACCUUUGGAAUACUAGCCCAAUGCUCUUCCAACUGAGCUACGCGGUCAGGUCGGUUCAACACAGGGUUAAUUAUUGUUUAUUCAUUUCUAGGUUGGUUCAGAUGUGAAGGUGAAAGUUCCAGAUGGUCAAGAUAUGGCUGGUAUUCUGGUGAAAAUAACAGACUCCAGUUCAUACACUGUUGUGUUUGAUGAUGGAGAUGAAAGAACAUUGAAGAGAACAUCAUUGUGUAUCAAGGGUGAAAAACAUUUCAAUGAAAGUGAAACUCUGGACCAUUUACCGCUAACAGACCCUGAAAACUUUGGGACACCAGUCAUGCAGGUAUGUUCUAUAAAUUACAGUUGAUUUUACAUAACGUUUCCUUGAAUAAUGGAAACUUUGUUCAAAAGUUCAUAAUCAUAUUCACAAACUGGUUUGUAAACAAUGCAUACGAUUGGCUUCUUUUUGUUCUGGGACCAAUCAGAGGCUUUGUUUGCAAACCAGCUUUGAAAUUUCAAUAUGAACUUUCAAACUUCGCAACAAAGAUCAGAACGAAGUUCUCAACAUUCAG